AUGAGCGCAAGCGAAACUUCGCUCCGUGUGGUGGUCCGGGCGCGGCCGAUGAAUGCCCGUGAGACCCGGGAAGGCGCCCGAAAGUGCGUGGAAUAUUACGAAAACUCCGGACAGGUGAGCAUUCCUGCUCUUGUUUGAUUUAAAUUUAAUCCAACUGAAAUAUUAUAUUUUAGAUCAUGAUUAACGAUUCAGCCACGUUCGCUUUCGAUUCAGUCUUUCCGGAUACCGUCGAUCAAGAAACAGUCUACGAGAAGACCGCGCUUCCCCUUCUCGAUCGUAUUUUUGCAGGUAAAUGAUCUCGACGACUCGAAAAUAAGUACCGUAGUGUUGAUUUCAGGAUUCAAUGCGACAAUUUUGGCAUAUGGACAGACCGGCAGUGGUAAAACGUACACAAUGGGAACGGAGGACAAUGACGACACCGACGGGAUCCGCCGAGGCAUCAUUCCACGCCUUGUUCAUGCUCUGUUCCAAAGAAUUAUGGCAACUGAGGUUCCAGAAGCGUUCAAAGUCACCGUGUCGAUGUACGAAGUGUACGGAGACAACGUCUACGACCUGCUUCGUCCGGACAAAGUGAAACUGAAUGUGCAUGGAGACGAGAAGAACUGCACGAUUGUCAAUCUAACUGCUGUGCCAGUAAUCGAUUUGAAAGGAGCUCUCAAGCAACUGGCUACCGGAUGUCACUACCGUACUAAAGCGGAAACUGCCAUGAAUGCGAUGUCGAGCAGAUCGCACGCCGUCUUCACAGUUUUCGUUGAGAAGUCAUCCGUCGGAGAUGCGGACAACGCAUUCUCGGCCAAGCUGCAAUUGGUCGAUCUUGCCGGGUCGGAGAGAUUGAAAAAGACGGAGGCGGAAGGAAACCGAAUGAAGGAAGGCAUCAAUAUCAACGCCGGCCUUCUCAUUCUUUCUCAAGUGAUUGCCGCUCUCGCCACGAAACAGAAGCACAUUCCGUAUCGCAACUCGGUGAUCACACGCGUGCUCCAGGAUUCCCUCGGCGGCAACUCUUUCACCGUCUUCCUCGCCUGCAUCUCUCCAGCCGAUACCAACUCUGCGGAGACGCUCAACACGCUCCGAUAUGCGGAUCGGGCCAAACAAAUCAAGAACAAGCCAAUUGUGAACACGAAUCCCAAGGCCGAGGAAAUCUCUGUGCUGCAGGCGCAGAUCAAGCGUCUGCAGAAAGAAAACGCCGAUCUGCGACAAGGAAUUGCUCCGGCUGACACAAAGUACAACGACAUUGCGACGUCGGCAGAAAUUAUGUCUCUGAAGGACGAAGUUGCUCGCAAGACGGUAGAGCUUCGCGAAAGAGCAAUCAAGCAGUCGGAGUGCAUUGUCAGAAUAGUGAGUUAUCCACAAUGUUGACUUUUCCUCAAAGCUAAAACUUUCAGAACGGACUGUCCCAACGAAACAUGCGUCUCGAAGCAGAUAAGGCAAAGCUUUCCGCAAUGCUGACGGAUGUUCGGAGCACUAUGCUCAACGAGGAGAUGCUCGAGCCGUCGGAACUCGUUCGAUCUAUUCAUCAAAUUAUCGGCGAGACGGACUCGUCCACUUUGGUUGACGAAGAACAAGAGGAAACGACGUUGGCGAUGGUCAACUCUGAUGACACAAUCUACGAUGCGGAGAGACUUCCGGAGCUGCAGGCGGAGCUGGAUGAGCUCGAGAAGCAGAUCGCCAUGAAGGACGAGAAUCGGCAGCAGGCGCUUGAAACUCAGAGAGAAUUUAUCGAAGCGAUGCAGCAAAGAGAGGUUUGUUUGUGGGCCAGAUGGAUCCAUCCUGAUGAAUUCUAUUUCUGUGAAAUGAUGACUAUAGUAAAAGGUCUGACCCAAAGAUGUCUGCCUACUUCUUUCCACUUGACGAACUAACGUGUGAACAAGAAUGCGAAUAAUUUCAAGCACUCCUGUCAGAGAGCCAUUCCGAUAUAAACGGUCUUUAUAAGGCGGGAACGCGUCAAUUUUCUGCGCUUCAGUCGGAUACGAGUCCAACAAUUCCGUGUUAUGGAAUGAGCGAGUCAGGUGGAAAAAGACGGGCGGCGCUUGGGGAAAUGAUCACAAAAAGCUGUCUGAUCACAGAAAAACACAACUUUUAUAGUUUUCCCUCACUUUUCCUGGAUGUUUCUAUUCGAAAUCACCUUGUUUCAGGACGAGAAGACACAAUUGGUUGUUCGUGUCGGCGAGCUGGAGACCGAGAUCUCGAAGCUCCGUUCAGAAAGCAAGAAGGCCACCACUGCAACCAAACUUGCCGAGGAACGUCGUCAGAAACUGAGAGAACUCGAACGACAACAUGCCGAGGACAAAAAGACGUUAUCGGAGUUGAAGAAACUACAAGACACUCGCCGACGGAUGGAGGACGCCCUCAAGAAAACGGAGGACGAGCUGAAGGCUCUAAAGACUCAGCGGCUUCGUCUUCUCAAAGAGCAACGCACAGAAGCGAGCAAAUUCCACGCUUUCCAACAGAAGCACGAGCGAGAGAUGGCUCAGAUCAAGUCGAAGCUGCAGAAGCGAGAGAUGGACGUCGCUCGCCAGAAGCGAGUGGACGAGCAGAAGCUGGCUGUUCUUCAGCAGAGACUGAGCGAGUCGAACCGUGCGAACAAGGCUCUUCGCGACCUCAAUCUGAAACGUGCCAAUCGAAAAGGAGCUCCUACAGAUCCAACGGCUCUUCAGGUUAAUCCCAGUUCCAACUCUAUCCCCUUCUCCGCAGUAAACCGAAAACAGAGAAUUCCCCCUACGCACCCGCGUAGCCAUCACUCACGCGCCUUUAGAUAGUUUUCCUUGCUCCUUCUCACCUAAUGUAUUUACUGAAUUUAGCAGUUAUAUGUAGUAGUUUCUUAUUUUGAACUACCCACUCCGACCCUUUUUAUCUUGCCACUUCACCCCUCUAACUGAUUUCUUUGUCCUGUGAUCCUUCAAUUCGCGUUUGCUUCUUUCCAUUUUCCAGUGAUGAAUUCUUUGAAGACUUGAUUGGAUUAUGGAAAGAGGCACAAACAAAGACGCAGAGAGCACCGAAAGACUAAACGUUCGAAAAACCAUUCAGCCAAUUCCUUCCGUUUCAGAACAUCAUCGAAGAGGAGCUGGAGCUCGAGGCGACCGCCCAACGUUGUCAUUUGCUGUGCGAGGAGUUGCGUCGUCAGCGUCAAGAAUUGAUGCAAAGAAUCAAUUUGAUCGAGUCGCAAAAGUUCGAAGGAAACAAGAGAGUGAGUGUCUCGCUGUUCUCCGUUCUCUUCUAACCUAACUAUGUGUCCCCUAAACUAACACAUGCAUGUGCCCAUUCAGGUGUGUCCUCGUUGGCGGAGAGCCAGAAGGAGGGCAGAUAUCUCAGAAUUGGACGACACUCUGUCAAUGUACUGCGAGCACGAUGACUGCAAUGACGGCGUUCAUUCGGCCACCUUCGUUGCCAGCCCUGCAUCCAGUCCGUCCGAUGUGUGUGAUUGUCUUUGUUUUUGUUUUUGUUUUGUAUUUGGCUUUCUCACUCUCAUCUACGGCCUAUUAACAUUUAUUUUCAGAGACGUCUGUCGAAUGUCGAUCCGAAUGUCUCGGUUGUGUUGGAAGGCGAAGAAGAGUUCGAGGAGAAGCGACAGAAGGAGCUCGCUUCGCUGCGUUCGUCCCUCGAAAUAAUCAACGAUGAGAUUAAGGAUUCUCUCCGCAACGAGACAAUAUCUGGCAGUGAUGAGAGAUCAGUGGGCCGUUGGGAGAAGGUUCCGGCCGAUAUGCGUCCGGUGUUCGAAGCAGUUUUCGCCCUGGCUGUUGGUCACAUGAAGAAAGAGGUCGAGUUGGAGUUCAAAUUGACAAAGGCGAAGAACGAAUUCUCGGCCAAGACUGCGGCGAAGGCGUCGCACGAAGAGAAAAAGAAGAGAGAAGACGAGGAGUUGAGGGCUCGAUACAGAGAACUGACUCAGAGUCUCGAGGAGGCCAAGUCGGGAUUGCAUCAGAAGGUGAGAAGAGAGACGAUGAGAGUAAAAGUAAUGAGUGGAUGAUUCAGAUGACGUUCUUGCUGUGUCUGAUCAAGUCGGAUCGCAUCGACGAGAAGUUCCUGCAGCAUUUCGAGUCGUUGAAGAACCAGUUUUGUGAUAUCGAGCACAAGAUAAAGAAGACGAGGGUUCGUGGGAAUACAUUAAUGUCACUUAUCAAUGUGUCGUCAGAAUUUUCAGCGUCGCACAACCAACUUCGCCGGAGGACUCACUCCAAAACCCGAGCUCAAGCGGAAUGAGCGAGCGCGUCGGGCUGUGCAACCCUACGGAAAUGUGGUCAACUCGGAAGACGUGACUCUCGAUGAUUCGAAACAUUUCCAUUUGAAACGGAAAGAGUCUGCUCGCUCCGCGUUCGAAUUGAACAAAACAGCAGAUGAGAAUGUCAGAAGGUACGGCUCACUGCAAGUUGACGGAAAUCAGUCCGUUCGUUUCUCCAGGAAAGUGGCAAUGUCACCCAUCAAGUUUGACGACGAUACUCGGCUUUGCGAAGAAGACGAGGACGCGGAAAACAUGCUCGGCGGCGGCGGCAACGAGACGUUCGUCAUCAGCAAGGAAGGCAGCUCAUCGCCUCCGAUCAACUCCACAUUCAUCGUCGAGAAACCCUCCGUGCCCUCCUCCUCGGACGAUAUGCCACCCAUCCGCCUCAAAUCGCGACGAACGGAUCUCGGGCCCAUUUGA